AUGACCCCUUUACACCUGGCUCUUUCCAAGGGUCACGCUGACGUUGCUGCUGAACUUGUUGAACGCGGUACGUUAUUUAAGUGGAUAUUUCAUCACUUAAUACCAAUAGGAGCCAUUCAGAAGUAUAACAAGCGCGGUGAAGUGCCGUUGGACAUGGCAUCUGAAUCUACAUUAUCACGAUUGCAAGAUCUAUUAGGCCCAGAGCGUUUCGAGAGGCUGAAAAGCGUAGAUGAUACUAUGAAGAAUAUAAAACCACCGGUACCAUUUUAUAAUCGGAAGAAGAAAACGAAGGGUGAUAGCUCUGUAGCUAGGGAUGACAAGGAAUCUAUUGAGCAAGCUGUGAACGAUGCUGUAUAUGAUUUACCCGCACAUUUGACCUAUACAUCGACCUUGGAUUACAUAUCAAUGAUGGAUACGGAAAACGGUAGCCUAUCAGGUAACCAACCUGAUAGCGAAAAUUCUCAAUUGGUACUUACAUUCAACAAAAAAUCACCUCACUUUCGUCGGAUAACGGAGUUCUUUGAAACGGUACCAUUACCAUUGUUUCCUACUAAAUUCACACAGUGCGACAUCAAUAUUACUGUGCCGCUACCGCUUAAGAACAAAUGGGUUAUUUGGGAGCAAAUAGUUAAGGGGGGUGAUCAUCGUCACAAUACAGACUAUAAAUGUCAUACCAGGCCACUGGUGGCCUUUGACACCGUACAGAGCUUCUGGAAUCUAUGGUUUAAUAUACCUCAACCAAGUGAACUUUCCACAACACGCCGCCUAUCCAGGGAAUGCAAGGACGGAUCAGAACAUGUAGUGGACGCUAUUAUGUUAUUUAGAGAUGGAAUAGAACCCAUGUGGGAAGAUGAGAUGAAUAAGGAUGGUGGUCACUUUGACUAUCGGUUCAAACCUACCGACGUUUCGCAAAUUACAGUAGAUGAAUAUUGGAAUAAUAUAGUACUAGGACUCAUAGGAUGCAGCAUACCACAUGCCAAUCUGAUUAAUGGCAUUCGUCUGGUGGACAAACUUGCCAUCAGGUUCCCCGUCGUGCGUAUCGAAGUUUGGUUCCGUAACCUAGGCGAGGAUAACGACGCUACGCAGUUGAUGAAAUCUAUCGGAACGUGUAUGGCCCGCCGUUUGGAUGGGACUGUUGGUCCUAUUCCCAAGGGGGACCUGAAGUGGCACUGA